GUCGCCCGUUAUUCGCUGCUCGGCACAGGCAGCGCCCCGGCCGCCCGCAUCUCCGCCGGGGGGCGGCCCCGCGCGCUGCCGGGCCUCGCCGCCAUCUUGGCCGCUGCCCCGGGAGCGGGACGGGCCGCACCGGGCCGGGGGAGGCCCCAAAAGGAACUGCAGUUAUUCAGGAUCUAAUAUUGUUCUGUUGGCAAGAGAUGGAGCUAUCUUGCCAGCAAUUAGAAGAUUUGUGCUGGAACUAAAUUGAACAGAGGCACCAUGCAAGUGUAUUAUUGGAAAGCUCAUCAGUCAGUCGAUGAAGCACUGCACGAAUUCUUCUGCAGGCUGUGAUUGUUACUCAUAAAAGCAUGGAGGAAGUUGGAAAUCUUGUUACAGAUACCAAACACUGAUUUAAGACAACUUCAGAGUAUUCUCAAAGGACUACUUCCUUUUGAAAACAAUUCCAGAAAGUUACUAACAGUGUCUUAAAUGAGAGCAAAGAUAAAUAAUUGUAUACUGAGCAUCUGGGAAGCAAAGUGUUUAUUAUUUAGUAGGGAUGAUCUUGCUGAUAAAAUAUGCAUUUGAAUAGUUGGACAGACACAAACACUUCAUGGUGUUAAGUUAAAGCUGAGUAUGCGAAUUUUGCUUGAUUAACAGAGAGGGACACCAGGAAUUUCUUAAGAAGAGUUGCAAAAAUGUUUUUUACUUUAAUGCUUACUUUAACCACUUUGACCAGAUAACCUAAGCCAUGGGCAUCUUGUAAAUAAAAAUAUUAAUGACACUUGAGCAGCAGCAGUGAGAUGUGCUAACAAUGGUAGGAGCCUCAAAAAACCUGUGAAAUUACAGAACAUUCACAUUUUAUAAGAUCUGAGACUGCCCGGUGUAUCAGUUUGAAUCACACCUUGUAGUGUUGUAUCAGGUUGGUCCAGCCAGUUGUAUGUAUGUCCAGAGCUGCCAUGUUAGCUGUCUGGAAAAUGCCAUUCAAUUAUCUAAUAACACUUCUCUUCAUUAGGUUUGCUGUUUUAAGAUCUGAUGAAUAGGGUUGAGGAGGUGGGGUGUAAAGGUUGUCUAGUUUUGCCACAUCUGUGGUACAUUUGUGACACAUCUUGAGUUCAUAAGAAAAAAGUAAGCUAGCAACCAGCUGAUUGUCACAAAAAUACUAGCUUAAAAAUGGAAAUAGAACUGCCUAUCCUAGUUUACUUGUUUCUGCAGAUUACUUUAAGCAUUUGACUACUUCAUAUUCACUUGUCACUAGAAGUUCAUUUCCACAAACACGUAACAGAGGCUCAGACAGUCUACCCACGCUAAUCCUUCUACCCUUCAGAGCAGCUAUGCCAAAUGCAGGGAGCAUGGAAGCUGUGGAAUACAUUCCCCAGUGAUGGUCUCAUUUUGAGCCCUUGUACCGUAGUUCUUUCUAACUGUAAAGGGCAUUGCAGAGGUCAGUGAUAAAUUCCUCGCUUCCUGGUUUUCAGAGCUUUGACUGUAACUCAGCACAGUGUUAUAGAAAGGCAUCUGGUAACAGUAUUUCUGCUUUAAUUACAUUUCAGAGUACUUAAUUGCAGUUAAGACAAGCACGUGCAAUGCGUCUUUUUCCCACACUGGCAGCCUUUCUCUCUUGCCAAUGAGCUCCACUUUUGUCUUUUGAGCCUGCUGUAACUUCAAUCCAGAUGUUCUGUGCUGAAAGACUGAAAAAUAGUAGCAUUGCACAAUCCAGACUUAGUCAGAAGAUACAGACGUGGCAACAGUGUAUUGAAGGCACCUUAGUUAAAACAGUUAGUUCUUCUGUGAGAACUUCAAAUCCUGGUAAGAAGGAAAUGAUUGCAAAGAAUCCUGUGGAGUUUAGUGUGUCAGAGCAAGGAUGAGAAGAAGCUGCAAAACCUCUGCUUGGCAGCCUGUUGCUGCAGUGCCUGUAAGAUCCCUUCAGUCAGGCAGUAGUAUGGAAGGCUCUCAGCCUACUGAAAAUUAGGUGGAGUGCCUUGCUCUGGACUGAAGAUGCAAAUAAUAAUCCAUGUAUAUCUUCAGUCUGCUUUUUAGGUAGGCCUAAAAGCAGAGAGCUGGGAAACUUCCUUUUGUCAUAGUCCUAGAUGCACAACUUUGGUGUUUUACAUAGAAUGGUUUUAUGCUGCCAUCUCAAAGGGUUGAGCGUGUUGGCUCUGUGCACGUGCUCUCAUGAUUGUUAAAGGUGAUGUGCUUUGAUCCUGUUACCUUAAACUUUUGAAGUUUGAUUCAAGACCUUUUCCCUCAAGUGCUGCAACCUUUAACAUGCUUUGCUGUUUGGCCACAAGUACUUGAGCUAUUGGUGUGAGGAAUCUUACUGUUACUAGAUUGAUUUCUUAUGUUCAGCAUUUUUUAAUCUUUUUUUUUCUUUGCAAAUCUAAUGUUCUGUUGAGGUAGAAGAAGGUAGGAUACUGUGAAAUUAAUUCAGGGAUGUGUGAAAGUCUGAAAUGAAAUCUGGCACUCAAAAAUAGAGUAUCAGGAAAAUCUUCAGUAUUGGGAGCACUGUAGGUAAUUUUUGUUAAAUAAUAGCUUGCAUAAUUAUUUCUGUUGUAGCACCAGUUGUAAGAUACUCAAAAUGAAAUCCAUCUUUAAUUGGCUGGUGCCAAUUUAUUUACAGUUUUGGAUAAAUAAAAUUACUUAGUCUUGCAUGUAAUAGAUUGAUGUCACCACAAGUGUAAAAACUUAUUAUAGUCAGUGGGAAAACAUACAAAAUUGGGAAGCAUACAAAACUGAGCUGCCCAUUCACAGGUAGGGCAGGGUUUGUGACCAUUAAUCUGCCUGCUUUGUAUUUCACCUGCAAGGAAAGAGCUUUGGUUUUCCAGAGAACUUCAAAUCAGCAGCAAAUUAGUGUUCUACAAAAAAUAUGUGAAGGAGGAAAGGAGUAUGUGAGGAGUUCUGAAGGGAACUCUUACACUAGAAGUGGAAUAAUUAUGUAUCAUGGGAAAUCCUGUAAUCGUCCUACUCAUAAGAUAGGGGAGGCAGCUAGGUGGAAUUUUACUGCUCAGUUUCCACCAAUUCUGUAAAUCUGUAAUCUGACAAGCAUGGUCCCAAGAAUCAGUUUGCUACUCCACUUCACCACAAGGCCACACAAACUGUUAUCAGAAUGCAGCUGGUACCUGGGCAGUUUGGGACAGAUGAGUAAAUAGGGGCAUUGGUCCAACACUACUGCCCUUUCUGGCUACUCCUGCCCUCCCUCAAUUGCAUACCAAAUCGUGGAACUUAAGGCAAAGAAGAGUCCCUGCUAACACAGCCAUUCCAUGUGCCAGGAGCUUGCUGUAGACUCAGUAGAACCAAGUGUCUGUAAAUACGUAGUGAUUAUGUUGGCCUGCUGCACGGCUGUGCAUGUUAAAAGUGUAUUGUGAGAAAGCAGUCAUUUCCCAUCAAUAGAAUCUGUAUGAGCAAUAACAGCAAGACAACUCCUAGGGCUUAAAAACACUGUCAAAAGCACCUGAUACAGUUUGUGUGAGUACUGUCUGAAGCAGCCUGCAGUCCAGCGUAGCUUCUUCACAGUAGGCUGUAGAUCAAGUCCUCUGGAAUGAAGUCAGGCUUCUACUGAAACUCUCUCCUAUGCAGCUUUACAUGUGUUUAAUAGGAAUAGGGUCUUAUAUUUGUUAACAGCUGUGCUAUUGUAUCCAUAUUAAAAUGUACACAGGACUGUUCUAAGCUUUAUAGCUGAUCACCUUCAUAUGUUUGGGCUGGCUUGGUGUGGAACAAUACUGACAUUCAGUGGUUGAUUAUACUUGCCACUGUUGUGUGACUGUCCAGGAGAUUUUGGAGGGUUUUAAUGUUCAGUGCUGGCUAAAUUCACAACAUGUUCAGUUGAACUGGAUUAAAGAAAUUGUUUGAAGGCUCCUUUAUAAGAAUGCUGUACUCACAGUAUUAAAGUUUUCUCUUUUUUUUUUUUUUACCAAAUAAAUUAGAGAUUAAUUUGAUCCAAGAGAGAUACAGUAGAAAGACAUAAUAGCACUUCAUAGCUUUGUUUCCUUUCACACUCUUAAGCAAAUUGGUAGUCACAGUUUCCAAACAAACUUCCUCUUAUAUAUCAUAUUGACUUAGUUGGAUUUUUCAUUCCACAUUUUAACUACUGGUCUUUUUGUGUCUGCCACCAAAAACAGUGUACUCUUAGCAGGAGGUAUCUAAGACCUGGCAAGGCCCCAUGAAGAUGAGCACAUUGUUAUAAUGAAUGUGAAGAAGCAGCUGGAGUUUAGAAUUUAGAAAGCUGGAUCUGGCUCCUUUUCCACAUCUGCUGACAGAAAAUGAUCCACAGCCUGUUUCUUAUAAACUGUUCUGGUGAUAUAUUCUUGGAGAAGCACUGGAAGAGUGUUGUGAGCCAGUCUGUGUGUGACUAUUUCUUUGAAGCUCAGGAGAAAGCAAUCGAUGUUGAGAAUGUGCCUCCUGUCAUCUCAACACCGCAUCACUACCUCAUCAGCAUCUAUCGGGAUAAAAUCUUCUUUGUGUCUGUCAUACAGACAGAAGUGCCACCACUCUUUGUAAUUGAAUUUCUGCACCGAGUAGCAGAUACUUUCCAGGAUUACUUUGGUGAAUGUUCUGAGACUGCAAUUAAGGACAAUGUAGUUAUUGUGUAUGAACUUCUAGAAGAAAUGUUAGACAAUGGCUUUCCACUGGCAACAGAAUCUAACAUACUGAAGGAGCUGAUUAAGCCUCCCACAAUUUUGCGUUCCGUUGUCAACUCCAUCACAGGCAGUAGUAAUGUGGGUGACACACUUCCCACCGGACAGUUGUCCAACAUUCCUUGGCGCAGAGCAGGGGUAAAAUACACAAACAAUGAAGCCUAUUUUGAUGUCAUUGAAGAAAUUGAUGCAAUUAUAGACAAAUCAGGUUCCACAGUGUUUGCAGAAAUCCAAGGUGUUAUUGAUUCAUGUAUUAAGCUCUCGGGAAUGCCAGAUCUUUCUCUUUCUUUCAUGAAUCCACGGCUGCUGGAUGACGUCAGCUUCCACCCAUGUAUUCGAUUCAAACGCUGGGAGUCUGAGAGAGUUCUUUCCUUUAUUCCUCCGGAUGGGAAUUUCAGAUUGAUCUCCUACCGUGUCAGUUCACAGAACUUGGUAGCCAUUCCUGUAUAUGUGAAACAUGUGAUCAGUUUUAAGGAAAACAGUUCUUCAGGAAGAUUUGAUGUUACCAUUGGGCCGAAACAGAAUAUGGGGAAAACAGUAGAAGGAGUUGUCAUGACAGUUCACAUGCCAAAGGCUGUACUUAAUAUGAACCUCACCUCUACACAAGGCAGCUACACAUUUGACCCAGUUACUAAGGUGUUAACAUGGGAUGUUGGCAAAAUCACCCCUCAAAAGCUACCAAACCUGAAAGGCAUAGUGAACCUGCAGUCUGGAGCCCCCAAGCCAGAGGAGAAUCCAAGUUUGAACAUCCAGUUUAAGAUACAACAGCUUGCAAUUUCAGGACUGAAAGUGAAUCGCCUAGAUAUGUAUGGAGAAAAAUACAAGCCUUUUAAAGGUGUCAAAUAUAUUACAAAAGCAGGAAAAUUCCAAGUCAGGACAUAAGAAGAUCCUCCUCUUCCAGGAGAAAAUUCCCCUUAAAAAAAUAACUUGACUGCUUAGUGACUUAUGUUGCUAUUAAUUAAGUGACAAAUAAUUAAGACAUUGACUAGUUUGGGAUCAAAGAAUUUGUGCAGAGCAACUCUUAAAAUGAAGGCAUAGCUUAGAUUUUCUUAUUAUGGCUUUAAAAUAAGGUACGUUUUUUCUAAUACACAUUCACUUUUUUUUUUUACUGAAUUGUUGUGAAUAGUUUGAUAUAGGUGAUCCACAGGAUGUCACAAACACUACACUGCCAGGCAGAUACCAAAGCCUAGAGGCCAAACACAUCACCAAGGCCUGACUGGCCAUUGGAAAAGUCUGGGGGUGGCACAUGAUGCUGCUGAAGCUGCCUGCAGAGGGAGCUCAGCUAUUCUCACAGCCAGCGGCAAGCUAGCGUUCCACAAAGUGUCAUGUAAUCCCUUAAGUAGAGCACAGCAGUGAGGGACAGGGGUCCCACAGGGGUCUAAAGACAUAGCAACUAUCACUCCUGCAAGAGCUUCUCAUGAAGAAAAAAAAAAUGUCCUUGUUGUUUACAAGAAAUUGCCUUUCUUAAGAAGCAUUUGCCUUAAUCAGCUUUCAUUUGUGCCAUCUGCAGACAAGCUGAUAAAAAUAACUUUCUGCAUUAAAUCUGGGAGGUGAUGGUUGCUUCAGUAAUCCACUUACUUUUCAUUCAGUCUCAUAAUCACUGUCUUUUUUUAAUAAUACAGUUGCAGAGAGUAAGAUCUAUUUUUUAAGUGAAACUGUUGCUUUAAUUUUGAAACUCCACUUGUUCAAAGUGGAUGCCACCACAUUUGUGCCAUGUGUAUACUGAAGUGUAGCUUUAUAGAUAGCACAAUAGAAGUGUCAAGUGUAUUUAAUGGUUGUGUGCGUUAAUCUUACAAAAUAAAGGGAACUCUUCUGCAAA